AUGGCGAUAACCAAGCGCGCUGGCAGAAACAAGGCCCACGCAGCCAAUGAGCAGCCCCCCAAAAGGGCCGCCGUGAAGAAGGCGCAAUUUGAAGCUACGAAGAAGAAGGAGGUGGGAGUCUCCGAUCUCACACUGCUGUCCACCAUUUCUGAUGUGGCGAUCAAUGAGAAUCUGGAAAAGCGUUUUCACAACGGGACCAUCUACACGUAUAUUGGCCAUGUGUUAAUUUCAGUCAAUCCAUUCAGGGACCUCGGGAUCUACAGCGAUGCCGUUCUAGAGUCCUACAGAGGCAAAAACAGGCUGGAGGUUCCGCCUCAUGUCUUUGCCAUUGCGGAGUCAAUGUAUUACAACAUGAGAGCAUAUGACGAGAACCAGUGUGUAAUCAUUUCCGGUGAGUCCGGUGCCGGAAAGACGGAGGCUGCCAAGCGCAUCAUGCAGUAUGUGGCUGCUGUUUCCGGUGGAACAUCGUCGUCUAUCCAGCAGAUCAAGGAUAUGGUCUUGGCCACAAACCCUUUGUUAGAGUCCUUUGGGUGUGCAAAGACACUGAGAAAUGACAAUUCAUCCAGGCAUGGUAAGUACCUCGAGAUUCAGUUCAACAAGCUGUACGAGCCGGUGAGCGCACACAUCACCAAUUAUCUGCUGGAGAAACAAAGAGUCGUGGGUCAGAUUAAGAACGAGCGCAACUUCCACAUUUUCUACCAAUUCACCAAGGCUGCUUCUGAGAACUACAGAACGACCUAUGGUGUUCAACAGCCAGAACAGUAUGUCUACACUAGUGCGUCUGGAUGCACCUCAGUCAGCUCUAUCGACGACCCCAAAGACUUCGAGGACACUCUCAAGGCUAUGCGCACCAUUGGAAUGACUCAGGAAGAGCAGGAUGAACUUUUCAGUCUUCUUGCUGCUGUUCUGUGGAUUGGAAAUGUAUCAUUUGCCGAAGAUGCCGAGGGAAACUCUACCAUCAGAGACACCAGUGUCACGGACUUUGUUGCCUACUUGCUCCAGGUGGAUUCACAGAUCCUCUGUAAGUCUUUGACCGAGAGGACUCUUGAAACCAACCAUGGUAUGAAGAGAGGUUCCAUCUACCACGUCCCCUUAAAUAUGACUCAGGCCACUGCUGUCAGGGAUGCUCUUGCCAAAGGGAUCUACAACAACCUCUUCGACUGGAUUGUUGAGAGAGUAAAUGCUUCGCUCAAAGGACUACAGCAGCAUGUCAACAAGUCCAUUGGUAUUUUGGAUAUCUACGGGUUUGAGAUCUUUGAACACAACUCCUUCGAGCAACUUUGCAUCAACUACGUGAACGAGAAGUUGCAGCAGAUUUUCAUUGAGCUAACCUUGAAAAGUGAACAGGACGAGUAUGUUCGCGAACAAAUCCAAUGGACGCCCAUCAAGUACUUCAACAAUAAGAUUGUGUGUGAUUUGAUCGAGGCAAAGAGGCCACCGGGAAUUUUUGCUGCCCUCAACGACGCCUGUGCUACUGCCCAUGCCGAUUCCGAUGCUGCUGACCAGACAUUUGCGCAGAGGCUCAACAUGGUUGCCAACAAUCCUCAUUUUGAACUCAGACAGCAGAAGUUCAUCAUCAAGCACUACGCUGGUGAUGUCACCUACGACUUCCACAAUAUGACCGACAAGAACAAGGAUCAGAUGCUCAAGGAUCUGUUGGAGAUGAUCAAGACUUCAUCCAAGCAGUUUUUGUUGUCUCUUUUCCCCGACGCCGUGGACACCAACUCGAAGAAAAGACCUCCAACUGCAGGUGACAAGAUCAAGACUUCUGCCAAUCUCUUGGUGGAGACCUUGUCGCAGGCUUCCCCCUCUUACAUCAGAACCAUCAAGCCAAACCAGAACAGAUCCCCUAGCGAAUAUGACACCAAAGCCGUUUUGCACCAGGUUAAGUAUCUGGGUCUGCAGGAAAACGUGAGAAUUAGAAGAGCUGGUUUUGCGUAUCGUCAAACGUUCGAAAAGUUUGCUGAGAGGUUCCACCUUCUUUCUACCAAGACAUCUUAUGCCGGGGAAUAUGUCUGGCAGGGUGAUGCCAGAAGUGCUGUUAGUGUUAUUCUGCAGGAUGCGAACAUUGCCUCCAGUGAAUGGCAACUGGGAACCACCAAAGUAUUCAUCAAGAAGCCAGAAACGCUAUUCAGUUUGGAGGAGAUGAGAGAGAAUUGGUGGGCCAAUAAGGCUCGUGUAAUCCAAAGAGCCUGUCGUCGCUAUCUGUUCCAAAGAUGGGAGUCUGCCAAGCUUAUCCAGAAGACCUGGAGAGAGUACAAAGGCGGAAACAAGUUCGAGAAGCUCAGAGAUUACGGCACAUCACUUGUCAUUAACAAGAAGGAGAGAAGACGGUUUUCCAUGAACGGGUAUAGAGCUUAUAUGGGUGAUUAUCUCAACUGUAAUGACAAGUCCGGUUUCGGCAAGUUCUUAUUAGGGGCCGCCAAUAUCACCGGGUUCGUUGUUUUCUCGCUGCGAGGUGAGACAUUGCAUGCCAAGUUUGGUAGAUCAUCAACGAGAGUUCCACGGAUCUUCAUUUUGACUACUACCACUUUCUUUAUGAUUGCUGAACAGGUGGUGGAGAGAAAGCUCCAGUAUGUGAAGGAACUUGCGAUUCCAGUCAACCAGAUUGCUGGAGUAUCUGUGUCGAAUUUGCAGGAUGAUUGGAUUGCUUUCAACUUGACUGGAGACACGCAACCAGAUCCAUUUUUCAAUGUUUGUUUGAAGACCGAGCUAAUUACGCAUCUCAAAAACAUGAACAGAAGCUUGAACAUCAAGAUCGGCCCCACUGUGGUUUACAACAAGAAGCCCAGAAAGCCUCACACCAUCAAGUACCAGAUCAAUGAGGCUGCUCCCGAGCUCUCUGAUUUGUACAAGUCUGGUACCGUUCAGGUGAAACGUGGGUUGCCAGCAUCGUCUACAUCCAAGCCUAGACCAAAGGGAAUUGACAGACCUUACAGUGCUGCCAGAAGCUCUACAGCGACAUACUCAGCCCCGCAUACUUCAGCGGCACCUGUUUCCAGAGCGGCCACGUCUUCCAGACCUGCUCCUCCACCGGCUGUUAGCAGAAAGCCUGCACCACAGCCACAUGCUUCUUCUGCGGCUCCUUCUGCGUCUGCUCAAGCGGUUUCUGCAGCAAGUGCGGCGUACUCACACACCCAAGCAACUCCUCAGAGAAAGAUUAACAGGAAGCCUCCUCCUAAACAGCCCGUGGCUAGCUCGUCUGCCAAGGUGGCUCCUCCCCCUCCAGCAGCAAAGAGAAAGCCAGCAGCACCUACGCCGUCUCAUUCAACUCCUGCUACUGCUAGUGUCACUCCAACACCCCCUCCACCUCCACCUCCACCUCCAGCCGCUGCUCCUGCAUAUCCAAAGUACAAAGCUGCAUACGAGUUUGCUGGUUCGGGAUCACCAUCUGAGUUGCCUGUGGCCAAAGACCAGGUUGUGUAUAUUCUCAAGAAGGAAACUAACGGUUGGUGGCUCGGAAAGACUCUGGAUACAGGCAAAGAGGGAUGGGUCCCGGCAGCUUAUGUUGUUGAAUUUUCCGAAUCUGUAACUCCAACCCCAGCUCCAGUUGCUUAUUCCGCACCACAGGCCGCUUCCAAUGGUAAUGGAAACUCAAAUGGAAACGGCAAUCAUCUGGCUGAUGGACUGGCCCAGGCUUUAAUUCAGAAGAAACAGGAGGAGUCUUCCUUGGCUGGAGGGCUUGCUGCUGCGAUUCGGAUGAAGGCUAGACGUGACAGUGAUGAUGAAGAUGAUGAUGAUGAUGACGAUUGGUGA